CCUGCCCGUCGCCGCCCGCGGAUGCCAGCGGCGGGCCGUGGCGGCGUAGCUGCCGCCGGGAGCGCGAUGGCUUGAACCAAGGAAACUAUGAGAAGCAACACUCUUUCUGGAUUCUAAAAGACAUCCUUUCAUCAUGGGACAGCAAAUUUCGGAUCAGACACAGUUGGUUAUUAACAAGUUGCCAGAAAAAGUAGCAAAACACAUGACAUUGGUUCGAGAAAGCGGCUCCUUAACUUAUGAAGAAUUUCUUGGGAGAGUAGCUGAACUUAAUGAUGUAACUGCCAAGGUAGCUGCUGGCCAAGAAAAACAUCUUCUCUUUGAGGUGCAACCUGGGUCCGAUUCCUCUGCCUUUUGGAAAGUAGUUGUGCGGGUGGUCUGUACUAAGAUUAACAAAAGCAGUGGCAUUGUGGAAGCAUCACGGAUCAUGAAUUUGUACCAGUUUAUUCAGCUUUAUAAAGACAUAACAAGUCAAGCAGCAGGAGUGUUGGCUCAAACCUCCACCUCUGAAGAUCCUGGGGAAAACUCAUCCUCUGUAACAUCUUGUCAGGCUAGUCUUUGGAUGGGAAGGGUGAAGCAGCUGACUGAUGAGGAGGAAUGUUGCAUUUGUAUGGAUGGUCGAGCUGAUCUCAUCCUGCCCUGUGCUCACAGCUUUUGUCAGAAGUGUAUUGAUAAAUGGAGUGACCGACACAGGAAUUGCCCCAUUUGUCGCCUACAAAUGACUGGAGCAAAUGAAUCGUGGGUGGUGUCAGAUGCACCCACUGAAGAUGAUAUGGCUAACUAUAUUCUUAACAUGGCUGAUGAGGCAGGCCAGCCCCAUAGGCCAUGACUUUAGGGGAUGAGUUUCUCUGGAUAUUGUAGGCUAUGAAUACAUUGGCAACAUGGUGGGACAUCGUGGCACUGGUGCAGAAAAACUAAUUUUCUCACCCUCCUAUUUUUGCUAUACUGAAAAUAUGCCCCAUUUUUUAAAAAGUAAACUUCCUGUGUCUUCCAUUUAUGGUAAGCCAAAAUUUGCUACUGUUUUAGACCAUAUUUUCCUAUUAUUUAUCUGUUCUAAUGUAUAUUGGAACAAAUUGCUCUUGAAUCCUUUGCUAACCGAAAAUAGCAAUAUUUCCAGAGGCUUUUGAUUCACUACUGUUUUUCAGGGAAGUAUUCUGGCCUUUAUUUAGAUAGAGUUAAAGUAAAUUUGGAAAAUUGCUGAAAAGUUGUAGUCAUCUGAAAAAAAAUUUUGAAUGACUGAAAAGGUAAGCUACAUCAAAGUGCAAACUCAAAAGCUAGUCUUUCUGCUGGAGACAAAGGAGUAUGCCCCCCUUGUGGUUAAUUAUUGCUCCUUUAGUAGUUUUUACUUAAAAAGAGUCACAGUGCUUUCAUACCUUUAACUUCAUCAGUGUAUUCUGAAACACAAAUUUCCCAUGAUGUAUAAUUUGGAUAAAGACUGUAAAAUUGGGACUUUGCUCUGUAAAUGAAUUUCUGCUGGAAAGUCUGUUGUGGAAAUGUAUUCUUAAAGCUGACUGUUUUGAUUGGGUUUUGAAGGCUUGCUCAUCUUGGGUUUUUCAGAAGGAAACUUUCCUUCACAAAUUCUUUUGUAUUUUCAGAUCAUAAGUUAUUUGAUGCUUAUGAAGGUUUCAGAUUCUUCAGAUUUAUUAGAUUAAAAGAAAGGAAAGUGAAGUGGUUUUUCUACCAUAUGUAUGUAUAGCAUCUCUGAAAAAUUGAUGGUUUGGCUUCUACUGCUCCACUGUACACCUGUGAAAGUCUCUAAAAAGGAUAUAAUAAUAUUUUCUGUAACACUCAACCAUGUUUUUAGAUUUUACUUAUGAAGUAAAAAUUUUAACAUUAAUGUUUUAUUAUAUAUUAAACUAGGCCAUGAUGUCAUCUUUAAAAAAUAUUUUAACACUUCACAUACAUUUUCUGACUUACUACCAGUAAGUUGAAAACACUGUUUUCCUAAUACUAAGGUACACAAUUUAAGUUGCUGCUUAUUGGUAAAAAUUUGGGAAUAAGAUUUUAAUGGGUUUGUAAAUAAGAUAAAAAAAACUGUAUCAAGGAAGAAAGAUCUAAUGGCAUUCAUGAGGAGACAGUAAAAGGUACCAAAUAACUAAAUACUUUCUAUAGGGUGUUAAUGCAAGCUGAGUAUUUGGGUCUGUUGUAUCAACCUUGCAACGCGCUGGGUGAUGAUGUGAACUUGAAAGCCCCUCUUGGUAGAUUCCUCCUUUAGAAGUUUUUAUCUUUGGUUUUCACAUUAUUCCAGCAAUUUUGCAACAUUGUUUGCAAGGUAAUUUUUAGAACCCAUAUACACAAGUGCAUGCAUACACUCUACCCCCCAUAUAGUCAUUUCAUUCUGUAACCUUUAUGUACACAAUGACAAAAUAUUAAGUCAACCAAUGAAAACAUAAAAAUGCAUGGGUAAUAUGCUAUAUAUUUGAAUUUUUGUCAUGCAAAACCCCAAACUUAUAAUACAAGUUUUCAUAUCCCUGAAUCCUCUCCAUUGAUUCUUAGUCUGCUGUAGGAUAUAUUUUGAAAAAUCUUGUGAUAAGUGGUCCUCUGAAAUGUUUUCCAGCUCUAAAAAUUUGAAUUGUCCUUUUGGAUUAGACUGCUGAGUUUAAUUCAGAUUGCCUAAAUUUAAAAUGUUUCUGAAAAUGAAGAACACAGAUUUAUAGGGUUUGGAUCUUUAAAGCCAAGGGUUUUACUCCUCAGAAUUCACCUUUGAAGGAUUAAACAGCAAGUGCAGUGACUCGAUAUUGCCCACAUCUUUUAUCUUACAAUAUGAGCUCCAAGACUAACUGAUCUACUGUGAAUUAUAUAAUUUUUAUUAUCCUUGUGAAAUAAAUGAACAUGGUUGUUUGUUCAUUAAACUGGGUGAUAAUUCUUUAGAUGUAUGAAUAUUAAGUAGGUUCUACUAUAUCUAAUUAUAAAAGUUGUAAAUGUGUUUAAUGGAUAAAAUGUACAUUUUUUCUAUUCUGUACAGCUUUGUCUUUUUAAAAUAUGAAAUACUUAAAUGCAUUACUUUGAUAGGAAAUAUGUGUGCCUUCUAGGACUGUGAAAUGUUCUCAUGUUUGUAAGUUAUAGUUUUCCCUAUCCUAACUCAGUAACAAAGGAUUUCUCAUGAUGUAGUUUGAGAAAAUUAGUUUGACUACAUCCUGAAUUCAGAGGUUAAGAAUACUGUUCUCUCUUAUUCUUAGAAAAUGACAAAUUGUUCAAUAAAUGAUCAUUAGCAAGUAAGUUUUACCUAAUUGAAGGCCUUUAUUUUAUAUUCUUUAUACUAAAUAUUUAUAUUCCUGGGAGGGUUGUGAUGUUUGUGUACUAUAAUUUGAAAUUCAUUUCAAAUUGAGUUUAAUUCCCAUAGAUCAUAUAUGUGUAUACAUGUUUGGGUUUUGGGUUUUAGGGUUGCUUUGUUUUGUAUUCCUUAUUGAAGCUUACUUUCUUAGUAAUAAGAAAAUACUUGGAAGGUCUGAGGGAAUGGUUUAAAUGGUAGGGUUCUUGUCUUGCAUGUGGGAGGCCCUGGCUUCAAUCCCCAGUACCUCAAAGGAAAACAAAAUGACUUGGAAAUUAGGGAGAUCAGCUGAUCACCCACAUUAAUGGUGGGCAACACAAUGACACUAUAAUAGAAACAUUUACUAAUAGACUUUUGUUAUCAUGUCUUCUUAACCUAUUGGACAAUUAAAAAUGGAUAAAAUACUCCA